CGCGCAGCCCCGACACCUCUAUUCCCGCCACUCCCACCCGUCUCUCCUCGCUCCUGGGCAGCGGUGCCCACAACUGGGGCCUCUCCGGCUUCCAGAGUUUGGCCAACACCACAGUACUUUUGAGAGUGUUCAGGCCUGCAAAGAUCAUCGUGACGGACAUUCCAGAUCUUGUUUUUAUGAAAUUCACUGACAAGGUAAAAUAUUUCAAAAUUCAUUAUCCUUAAGGUUCACUGUCAUGGAUGCUCUAUCAGAAGCAAAUGGGACCUUUGCAUUAAACCUUUUGAAAAAGCUAGGGGAAAACAACUUGAACAACAUAUUUUUUUCACCCAUGAGCAUAUCAUCAGCCUUGGCCAUGGUCUUCAUGGGGGCAAAGGGAAACACUGCAGCUCAGAUGUCUCAGGCACUCUCUUUUAGUAAAAUUGGAAGUGAAGAUGGAGAUAUUCACCAAGGUUUUCAGUCACUUCUUGCUGAAAUUAACAGAACUGACACUCAGUAUUUGCUUAGAACUGCUAACAGGCUCUUUGGAGAAAAGUCUUAUGACUUCCACACAUCUUUUACAGAUUCCUGUGGUAAAUUCUACCAGGCAAACGUAAAACAGCUUGAUUUUCUCAAUGAUACAGAGACAUCCAGAACACACAUAAACACCUGGAUUGCUGAAAAAACUGAAGGUAAAAUUACAGAGAUGCUCUCUCCAGACUCAGUUGAUUCAUUGACUAAACUGAUUCUUGUGAAUGCCAUCUACUUCAAAGGAAACUGGGAGAGUCAGUUUGAGAAACACAGGACCAGGAAAAUGUCUUUUAAAAUUAGCAAGAACAAAGAAAAACCUGUGCAAAUGAUGUCUAAGGAAUCCACUUUUAAAACCACCUAUGUAAGGAAAAUAUCCAGCCAAAUUCUAGUGCUUCCCUAUGUUGGACAGGAGCUGAAUAUGAUCAUCAUACUUCCCAGUGAAAACACUGAUUUGAAAAUGGUUGAGAAAAAAAUUUCUUAUGAGAGAUUCGUAGAAUGGACAAAGCCAGACAAGUUGCAAGCACGAGAGAUGGAAGUUUUUUUUCCUAGAUUUAAACUGGAGGAAUCUUACAACAUGGCGGAUGUCCUUCGCAGUAUGGGCAUGGUCGAUGCCUUUGAACAGGACAGGGCAGACUUCUCAGGAAUGUCAUCUAAGAAGGAUCUGUACUUGUCCAAGGUCAUGCACAAGUCCUUUGUGGAGGUCAAUGAGGAAGGUACAGAAGCGGCAGCAGCUACAGAAGACGAAAUAGUUUACUGUUGUGCCAGCUACACCCUCAGGUUCUGUGCAGACCAUCCCUUCCUCUUCUUUAUCCAGCACAUCAAAACCAAUAGUGUUCUCUUCUGUGGCCGAUUUUCCUCUCCAUAGGUAGUCAUUGGAUAUAGCCCUUCUCUUUUCUCUUAGUGAUCUGCACUUCCUCUACUCUUUAAAGUGUGCCUGUGACCCAAAGUGACUUUAUUAUUGCAGCAGUCAAAAAUGAGAUAUUAGGAACCUAAUUUUGAAAUUCCUUGUUGAGAACUCUUGUGUGUGUUUGCAUGUUAAAUGUUUUCUACGGUCUUUAUUUGAUAGUCUCUGAGGAUUUCGUGGUCACUUUGCAGGUGGUAUCUAUGACCACUUGGUCAAACUCCUCUGUUUGAAAUGAGGUAUUACCCCCUCUCCAUUCCCCCACCAACACAUUCCAACUGUCAGAGGUAUUUGCUGUCUCCUCAUUUUGUGUAUGGUGACACCCUCACAGUCUGCUAUGCUUCUGUUUUCUCAAGUACAAGAAGAUACGUGUUGUUUUCUGUCUUCUCUGUUCAAUAGUAUUGACAUAUAUGGACCCAUUUUUAACGAAACAAUAGAAAGCGAAAUGGAGAGUGUGGAGGAAGCACAGUGAGCAGGACUCAGGAUGAUCAGAAGCAGUCCAGCACGGUGGCUCACACCUGCAAACAGCACUUUGGGAGGCUGAGGUUGGU